UUGUUUCCAUAAAACAUUUUUAUUCACUUUUAUUCAUCAAUUUGUUGUCAUGAAUCUCCUCAAAGUGACGAACACAAUAUAAUGACUUUUCUAAUGUUCCUCUGCAGCUAUCAUUCCAUGUCCACUGCCUUCAACGACACCAAUGCCAAACACAACAACACCAAUACCAAAUACAACCACGCCAGCACCAUCUACUACAACAACACUGAUGCCAAACACAACAACACCAAUGCCAAAUAUAACCACACCAGCACCAUCUACUACAACAACACUGAUGCCAAACACAACACCACCAAUGCCAAAUACAACCACACCAGCACCAUCUACUGCAACAACACUGAUUCCAAACACAACAACACCAAUGCCAAAUACAACCACACCAGAGCCAAGUACAACACCACCAGUGACAACUACUACAACAACACUUAUGCCAAUUACAACUACACCAGAGCCAAGUACAACACCACCAGUGACAACUACUACAACAACACUUAUGCCAAAUACAACAGCACUAAUGCUAACCUCUACAACAGCACCAAUGCCAACCUCUACAACAGCACCAGUACGAAGAACAACAACACCACCACUGUCAACUGCAAAUGUUUUUACUGAAGUGGAGAAUUUUACUAUGACCAUAAAUGUGGAAUUUUGUGAUAUAUACAAAGAUCCAAGUAGUGAAUUUUUCAGAAAUGUUAGCACUGCUAUUAACGAACAAGCACUAAAGAACAAUGUCAGAGCACAAUUAAUUACAUUCCG